AUGAAGGACAGCGGGGACUCCAAGGACCAGCAACUCAUGGGGUCUGACCUUCCCUCCCAGGUGGCGCUCCGGGUCCGGCCCAUCAGCGUGGCGGAGCUGGAAGAAGGAGCCACCCUCAUCGCCCACAAAGUGGACGAGCAGAUGGUGGUUCUUAUGGACCCAAUGGAGGACCCCGAUGACAUCUUACGGGCGCACCGCUCCCGGGAGAAGUCCUACCUGUUCGACGUGGCCUUUGACUUCACUGCCACCCAGGAGAUGGUGUAUCAAGCCACCACCAAGAGCCUCAUCGAAGGCGUCAUCUCAGGCUACAAUGCCACUGUCUUUGCCUAUGGCCCCACAGGCUGCGGGAAAACCUACACCAUGCUGGGCACAGACCACGAGCCUGGCAUCUACGUUCGGACCCUCAACGACCUCUUCCGUGCCAUCGAGGAGACCAGCGACGACAUGGAAUAUGAGGUGUCUAUGUCCUACCUGGAGAUCUACAAUGAGAUGAUCCGGGACCUGCUGAACCCUGCCCUGGGGUACCUGGAGCUGAGGGAAGACUCCAAGGGAGUGAUCCAGGUGGCCGGAAUCACUGAGGUCUCCACUAUCAAUGCCAAAGAGAUCAUGCAGCUGCUGAUGAGGGGGAACCGGCAGAGGACCCAGGAGCCCACGGCCGCCAACCAGACGUCCUCACGCUCCCACGCCGUGCUCCAGGUGGCUGUGCGCCAGCGCAGCCGGGUCAGGGACGUCCUGCAGGAGGUGCGGCAGGGCCGCCUCUUCAUGAUCGACCUGGCUGGCUCUGAGCGGGCCUCCCAGACACAGAACCGUGGGCAGCGCAUGAAAGAGGGGGCCCACAUCAACCGCUCGCUGCUGGCCCUGGGCAACUGCAUCAACGCGCUGAGCGGCAAGGGCACCAACAAGUACAUCAACUAUCGCGACAGCAAGCUCACCCGCCUCCUGAAGGACUCCCUGGGGGGAAACAGCCGCACCGUGAUGAUCGCCCACAUCAGCCCAGCGAGCAGCGCCUUCGAGGAGUCCCGGAACACCCUGACCUACGCCGGCCGGGCCAAGAGCAUCAAGACCCGGGUGAAGCAGAACCUGCUCAGCGUCUCCUACCACAUUGCCCAGUACACGAACAUCAUUGCUGACCUGCGGAGCGAGAUCCAGAGGCUCAAGCGCAAGAUCGAGGAGCGGGGCGGACGGAGCCCGGACCGAGCCCAGCUGGGGCGGGGCGACAUCCGCCACAUCCAGGCCGAGGUCCAGCUGCACAGCGGGCAGGGAGAACAGGCUGCGAUGGAGCACCUUCGUGAGCAGCUGAUCAGCACCUUCCAAGAGCAAAUGGACACGCGGAGACGCCUGCUGGAGCUGGAGAACCGCAGGAUGGAGCUGGAGAUGGACACCUCCCGCCACCUGCUCACCAUCGCCAGCUGGAAGCAUAAGGCACGCCGGGCACUCAAGUGGCGGGAGGAGCGUCGGAAGGAUUCCUUCACUAAGGAUGACACCAGGAAGGACUUGGACACCGGUGACAACCAGCCAGACAUCGAGGAGCCCACCGAGGUGGUGUCCGCCCGCGAAAGCGUCGGUGCAUUGAUGACCGAGCAGAAGAAACUGCGAAAGCAGAAGCUGGCGCUGGAGCAGCGGUGCCGAGAGCUGCGCGCGCGGGGCGGCCGCCUGGAGGAGACGCUGCCGCGGCGCGUCAGCUCGGAGCAGCAGCGCGAGGCGCUCGGCCUGCUCUGCCGCGUGCACGAGCUGGAGCUGGAGAACGUCGAGAUGCAGUCGCAAGCCCUGCGCCGCGACGGAGCGCUCCGCCACCGCCGCGAGGCCCUGCGCCGCCUGGAGCAGCGCCGCAGCCUCUGCGAGGAGAUCAUCCGCGCCCAGCGGCAGCUCAUCCAGGACUGCAACCUGGCCGUCCCGCAGCACCUGAAGGAGCUGUACGAAGUGUACCUGCGGGAGCAGGAGGAGGGCAACCUGGAGCGUGCCACCAUGAUGGACCGCCUGGCCUCUCGGGCCCUGCAGGACAGUGCCUUGCCCAAGAUUAGCCCCCCAGGAACCGUGCCGACCCCAGAGGAGUCUGACCUAGAGACCAUCAAGAUGCCGAACUCGGAGUCCCCGCACCAGCACAGCAGGUUCCUCCCUCUGCUCAGCACUGAGAGUGAAGCGAACCAUGAGUUCAAGGCGAGCUCCCGGGCCUGGCAAGCGAAGGGCUCCUCUAUGCCCACCCCACCCCCUAUCCUGGCCAGCAACCUGGUGAUGAAGGAGGCUGCCACUCAGGUCGGUCUGAACAGCCAGAUCAGCUCCUCCCCUGAAAGCAUCAAGAACCUGUGGGAAAUCCCCUUGUCCCACAAAGGGAGGAAGGAGACCAUGGCCGACACCAAGAGCAUUGCCGUGAAGGCUGCCCAGCGCCGCUCGCAGGCCCUGGGGGCCGAGGGGCGCCAACUGCUGCCACCCACCAUGAAGCACAGCAGCCUGUCCCUGCACUCGCUGGGCAAGACUGAUGACGUGCGGCCGCCCGGACUGCUGGCCUGCAAGCGGCCACCCAGCCCCACCCUCCAGCACGCUGCCAGCGAGGACAGCCUGUCCAGCAGCACAGGCGAGGCACCAUCCCGGGUGGUCGAGCGUCAUGGCAAUGGCCCUUGUCCAGCGCUGCAAGGCCAGAAGAAAAGCCUCAGCAAGAAACGAGAGGAGUCCCUGGAGGCAAAGAGGAAGCGGAAGUCCCAGUCCUUUGAAGUCACGGGACAAGGGGUGAGCCUAGGGGGACAGGAGCUGGGGGUGUCUGGGCCCCCUCCUUGCAGGGUUCUGAAGGCUGGACUCCUCCAGAGGCCCCAGGGUACCCCUAGCUGUGCACCACUCUCCAUGAAGCGUCCCCCAAGUGAACCUAACAUCUCCUUGUAUCAGAUCCCCACACAGCUCCCAGCUCAUCUGGCUCUCCAGCCAACGCAGCUGUCCCGCCCCAAGAUGCACGUCACUGGGCCCCGUCCCAUGGAGAAUCACACCCCAGAACAGAGGUUGCCAGUGGUUGGGCACCUGACCCCUACCAUCCAGCACAUGGGAAAGGCCACACUGCCUAUGGCCAAGGUCAAACUCCCUCCAUGCCAGAACCUGGGCCCUGAGGACCCCUCCACCCUUGCUGCCCCCUCCAACCCAGCGGAUGUUUCCGAACGGGCUGCUCGGAUGCCCCGCCUGCCCUAUGGCACAGGCACCCAAGGCAAAAAUGGACGCUUGCAUCACAACUGAGGGCCCUGCCUGGAACCGGCUCUCCUGCCCGCCAAGGCUUGAUGGGGUAUGGCAGGAAAGGGAGACGGAGGCUGGGCAGAUGGGGAUGACUUGGCAUUAAGAGCUUGGGAUCUCAGAAGGCUGUGGCCCCUGGGACCCAGGAAUUAUGGGGGUGCCUGACCCCCACACUUCCGUGCCUUCAGUGCCACCAGGAAGGGGAGCGGAGCCCAGGAGGCAUGGCCUGAAUGGCAGGGCUCCCUGCUUCCCAGCCCUGGAUCCCAGGGCUCCCUGGGCAGAGACUCCUGUUGCUGAAACUCUAAGAUCUGCAGCCAGACUUGGCCUGAAGAAUGUGGGGUGGGGGUGGAGCAAGGAGGGACUGUUAGUGGGACUAGGGCUCCUGGGCCCACAUCUGGGACAAGGGCAUGCUGGAUGGUUGGGGAACGGCCUGACGGGCAUUUCCCUUACUGUGGUUGGGGCCUGGGAAGGAAUCUAAUAUUACUUAGCAGUCACUUCCACCUUCCCCCUGCCCAAUUCCUUUUUAACAAUAAAAAUCCCAUUAGAGUUUUGUUGGUUGUUCCGGAAACUAGACCUUGUUUGAAAGGUGGGGUGUCCUGACAGACUGGGCUUCCCUGCCCGGGCGGUGCUAAUGGUAAAGAACCUGCCUGCAAUGCAGGAGAUGCAAGA